AUGGACGCUCAGUACGAAUAUGAAUACCCAGUAAACUAUAUGAUGAUUCCUCGAAAAGAGGAGCCACUGCCUCUAUUUCCUCCGAGGACGACGACCUCUCGACCUUCUUCCGAAGCGACUGAAAUCUUUGAAGACGAAGAUUGCAAUGAUGAGUCCCCGAUGCAAAGCGUUGCUUCCUUCGGGGCCGGAAGUCUCUCCACCGCUUCAACUUCAGACCACGUUAUAACCCCAGAGUCAACGGGUCUCACUGCAUUCGACUUUCACAUUGACGACAAACAUGUCAGAGGACCCUCUGGUCCUCACCUCUUCAGGACAUCCAUGGCCUCGGAUCACAAGUCGGCAAUGGAGGUUAAUCUGUUUUUCCAAGAAACGCCAAUUAGUGCCACUGGAACUUUUCACAACAGAGCCUCCAAGCUAGAUCCAAUCCGACGAGACACCCCGGUACCCAACCAGGCAGUCGAACACACGCAACAACAGUACAAUGUCAAUGCUGAGCGGGCCUCGGCACAUAAAACUGCCGUCUUGGACUGGUCACCAGGAGAGGUUGUCCACUGGAUCCACAGUCUCGGAUUCGAAGACGAUAUCGUUCAAAAGUUUUAUUACAACGAUAUAUCUGGAUCGAUCCUACUCGAGCUCCAAGCAGAAGAUCUCAAGGAGCUUGAUAUUAUGUCUUUUGGAAAACGACAUCGGCUAAUGAACUCCAUCCAAAGUCUGCGAGACAGCGUUUCGUUAAGUAGCACAGCCACAAGCUCCUCGAGAAAUUCCAGCGUCUCAAGUGGCAUGCCGUCCACAACACGCACCUCGACAAAUCUAUCCAGUAAUAGCUAUCAGUCAUGCUCUACAACGGAUGAAGACAGCUCAGGCAGAAGGCCUAGGCGUCGUCGUCAACUCUUCAGCUCUAAUGACGAUGCGAAAGAAGACGUCAGACCCGGUGAUUCAGUUUCCAUUGUUGCUAUUGAGCAACUGUUACCCAAAAUGCACAAGUGCUCCAAGGGUGAAGCCUGCUUCUGA